GUCAACCAUGUCAGUCCUCACACUUCUUUCUUAGUUCACUUCUCCCUUUCCCCAAGAAAUAUUUUGCAACUAACAACGUUAUCGAACGGAUCGCCCUUGGGAAAGCGACCGAGCUGCUUGGUUUUCCCUUGCGUAGUCGCAAACUCUCAGAAUUCAAGGCAGAGAAGGCAUGGGACAACAUCAGGGUUAGAGCAGGAGAGGGGCUUCGCAAAAGAAGGCUAAAUCUGGUGCCACUUGAGGUUUAUUCAAACUAAAUUAAUAUUGAGGAUUCCUCAAUGAAUACUUGUCACAAAGAAGUGAAAAAAGAAGGCACGAUGGCCAAAUCAACAGGCAACAAGAAUGCAAAGUUGUUGAGAUUGGUGGAGGAGAGAGCAUUUUCAAUGGAAAAGAAAAAGAACCAACGCGGGGCUCUAGUCCCUUACGUUCCCCAAGAUUGCAUCUCCAACAUUCUUGUUCGACUUCCUCUCGACUAUCUUCAGAAGUCAAGGUUUGUUUGUAAGCCAUGGUAUACCAUAAUCAAUAGCCCCUUAUUUAUCGAUGCUCAUCUCCGUCGAUCUGAGUCUGUUUUGAUUUUUCUAUCGUCAAUUAAAAGAGAGAGUCUCUACCCUUUUCCUAUGGAAUCAAUCCCACCAGAGAAACCAAAUACCAUUUCAGUUGAAGAGAAAUGCCUUCAGACAGAAUGCGCCCCUGCUUUUGGGCUGCUAAACAUCAGCCCCAAUUUAAAGUCUUAUAUCCAGUGCUUGGAAAUUAAGGGUGGAAAGAGCAAAAUCAGAGAAUAUAAUAUAAGUUGCUUGGGCAGUAUUAGGGCUACUUGCAAUGGCCUAAUCUUGCUUGAUAACAAACUGAAGAAAGGACUAAUAGUAAUGAAUCCUGUGACCAGGAAGUUGACUGCACUUCCUUUGGGUACUUUAUUUUCUCCUCACAAUGAAUCUUAUGGCAUCGCCUUAAACAGUGCAACUGGUGAAUAUAAAGUGAUACACUUGUUUCGAGAUGAGUUGGGUUUCAUCGGUUGUGAAAUCUUAAAUCUUGGUACAAAAUUAUGGAGAGGGGCAAAUGGACCUUCUUUUGGACAUGUUAGCUGGUUUGGCUACAAGCCUGUUUCAGCAAUUGGAGCUUUGCACUGGGUUCCUCAUGUUGAUCGUAGUGAUUACAUAGUGUCUAUGGAUGUGAAAGAGGAAAAGUUUCAUACAACGCCACUCCCAAAAAGUUGCAGAACUCAUGAUAGGGUUGUCGAGAUGGGUGGUUUCUUAAGUUUUGUCACUCAUGAAGGAGUGAAGCAAAUAGACAUUUGGGUCUUGAAGGGCUUAAGCGAAUCUUGGACAAAGCAAUAUUGUAUCACAAGGGGUUGUAAAAUGGAUAUGGUUCCUCUUUUCAGUUUAAGGAUUAAAGGGGAUAUGAUUUUCAAGAGGGACAAAGAUGGAUCACUUUAUGCCUAUGACUUCCAGCUCCAAGUGAUGGCAAAAAUUGAGAUGGAAAAUGGAUGUUUUCCAUUGUCAUGUUUAUUCCUACCUCAUGUCAAUAGCCUUGUUUCUUGGUCUAGCCUGAAGAGAGGCCAGGAUGCAUGCGAUUGAUCUGUUCCUUCAUUGGGUUCAAAUCAGCAAAUUUAUGGUAUGUAUUCCAUAUAAUCACUAUAUAUAGGAUACAUCUCCACUCUUUUUGUAGACAUUUGUUUUCAUGUUUUUGCGAUUACCAUGAUCUUAUGCGUGUAUAUACGCUUGAAAAGUAUGAUAUCAACGAAGGUAGGUGUAGAUAGUUUCUUUCUUA